UUCGGUUUUGCUGAUCUCAAUUAGAAAACUAUUACUCCGGACUUCAUUUCGUUAAUCAAUUAUUACUUCACUUCGUAGGUUGCUUGAAGUUCCGCUAUGUUUCUCUCCGGAAACCAUUCGGCGGUGGACGGCAACUCCACAAGUUCAAGAAAGGAAGCCGGUGAAGAAGAAGAUGACAAGAAAAGUUCCGAGAAAGACAAUUACGAGGUUUUACUUUCUUCGUUGAAGGUGCGACUGCAAAAUAAUGUUGUCAUAAACAAAAAUGUGGUUCUUGACGGCCUGGAGGAUGAAGGAAAAGAAGAAGGGUGUAAAACCCCGACCUCGCCGGAGUACAAACUUCCGGUGGCUUCACCGGCUUGCCCACCAGCUCCGACGAAGCCCAAGACAAUGCCGGGAAGGAGAAGAGGAGGGUAUAUUCGUCACAAGAGGGGUUUUCUUGAUUUUUCAUCAGCCGAAACGGACCCUUUGUUUCCUCCCCCUAUUCUUGAAAUGGAGACAGUAAAGAAAAUCAGGGAGAGCUAGCUCAGAUCGCAUUUUAUACAGUUUAAUUACAAUUUAUAAUUAAGGAUCAGUUUUUAGGAAAAGGGUAUUUGAAAUUACAAAAUAUUGUAUCCGCC